AUGAGUACACGAUUGAAAAGACCCGCUUCAGAAAGCAAUUCGUUUAACAUGUGGGUGUCGACAAAUAAAGUGCUUAUUGGAUCAGUAGGCGGCCCAAAAAAGCCCCAUUGUAGAAAUCCGAAUUUCGACUGUGAAGAAACUAAACUUCUUAUAUCACUAUGGGGUGAUCCGAAAGUUCAGAAAACGCUGGUUACUACUCACCGGAAGAACCCGGUAAUCGCCAAACUAGCCUCUAAAAUGAGAGAAUAUGGCUAUAAUCGAUCAACUGAAGAGAUAAAUACAAGAAUAAAAAAUUUAAAAUGCUUUUAUAAUCGCAUAAAAAAAGAUCUUGAAACCGGAGUUAUCAAUGAAACAUCGUGGAAGCAUUUUCAAUCUAUGGAUGACAUAAUGACGAGACCGAUUUUUGGUAAUAAUCAGCAACUUUCCAGCAAAGAAACUGGUGCCGGAUCAUCUUCCGCAAAGAGUAAUCAGAUUUCCGACCAAGUUGAAGUUAAAUUGGAGAUGGUUACUGAUGAUGAUAAAGAAAUUAGAACUGAAGAGCUACUGAAAAAUGCCGAACAAGUCGAAUUAAAGGAGCCAAAUUUACUUAUACCAAAAGACGAGCCGGUAGAUGCGGAUAACGAAGAAGACGAUCCAAAUGAUCCCGAUUUCGUUAAUGAUGGCGACGAUGAGGACGAAACCAUGAGCGAAGAUAUAAGUGACGAUUCUGAUUUUGAUAUUAACGAUGAACGUCGUCGUGCCCGAUUACGUCGCCGAGCGUCACGUAAAGUAACUAAAAAGAAUACGGAGACUGUAGCUGUUUCAUCCGCAACAUCAACUGUUUCGUCAACAGUGUCAUCGACCGUUACUACUUUGCAACCUCCCAUAAUUACACCAGCAUCAGUGCAACCUACACCAAGCACAAUAAAAAUAAUUAACUAUGCACCUGGAAAACCUGGACUUAAUAUUUCAACAAUUGUUCCAAAUUCCAGUGCGGUUUCCUCGCAAACGGGACAAAAUUUAGCAAUUGUAUCAGCUUCGCCAACGAUUACCACUACUAGCAACGCUGGAAAAAUUUCGCUAGUACCCACAAAUUUUCUACUCAAGCCACAGCCUCCAAACAUUAACUUUAAUUCGCCGAUUCAACUUUAUACCAAACCUACCGUAUCAAUCGCUAGCAGUGCUCCAACGUCAGUAGUUGUUUCAUCUGCCUCCUCGGUACAGCCAAUGAAGCUACUGCUGGUCAACACCGCUGGCUCUCAGAAGCAACAGAUUUUCACCUCUGCUUCUAAUCAAAUGUACACCACUACCCCUACUCCUGUUGUCAAGACUACUCCAUCGACACAGAUAGCAAUUCAGCCGAAACCAAUUAUAACGACAGCAACCAAUUUAAUGGCGACGAUAUCCCAGAAGAAAACAGAAGCUCCUCCUCUCCCGGUUACUAUAACGCCAGUACCAGUCGCUGCCCCCAAACAAACUGGAUUUAAAGGACUGCUUAACCAGUUAGUGUGCUUGCAACGCGAAAGUCUGGCGAUAUCUCGAAGCAGGAUGAACGUCGAACGAGAACGGCUGAAUAAUGAAAAGCAGAUGGCAUGUUCACUCGUGGAGGCUCUAAAUGAUCUCAAUAACAUGCUUCAAAGUUAUAGCAGUACUGUUAGCGUAGGGGAUGACUUUAGUUUCGGAUCGUCUCAACAUUAUUCCCAAUCUGCAAACCACGGCGACAAGGAAACACGGGUCAACGAUAACAACCAAGCAGAUACACCGAUUGUUAGUAAUCUCAUCCCUGUGAUAGACACUAUAAAAGCGGAAGUAAUAAGCGACUCGGACUGA